ACAACCAACUACUACAAGCUAAUCUACAAUAAUGUUCUCAGCAGCUCGUUCAGAUACGUUAUUUCUAGGAGCACAAAAGAUCAGUGGUGAUGAUGUGCGCACCCAGACCGUCCUUGCCGCACAAACCGUGGCCAAUGUCGUGAAGACCUCGUUGGGUCCGGUGGGUUUAGACAAGAUGUUGGUGGAUGAUAUUGGGGAUGUCACCGUCACUAAUGAUGGUGCUACUAUUUUAUCCCUUUUGGACGUCCAGCAUCCUGCUGGUAAGAUUCUUGUUGAAUUGGCUCAACAACAAGAUCGUGAAGUUGGUGAUGGUACCACCAGUGUUGUUAUCAUUGCUGCUGAAUUAUUAAAAAAGGCUAACGAAUUGGUAAAGAAUAAGAUUCAUCCAACUACCAUUAUCAGUGGAUACAGAUUAGGAUUGAGAGAGUCUAUCAGAUACAUCAACCAAGUGUUGUCUCUGAGCGUUGACAGCUUGGGUAAGGAAACCAUUAUUAAUAUCGCCAAAACAUCCAUGAGUUCCAAGAUUAUCGGAUCUGAUUCCGAAUUCUUUAGUAAGAUGGUUGUGGACGCUAUGCUUGCCGUCAAAACCACUAACUCCAAGGGUGAAACUAAGUACCCUGUCAAGGCUGUCAACAUCUUGAAGGCACACGGUAAAUCUUCUUUAGAAUCGGUUUUGGUCAAUGGGUACGCCUUGAAUUGUACCGUUGCUUCUCAAGCCAUGGUUAAGUCCGUCAAGAAUGCCAAGAUUGCUUGUUUGGAUAUCAAUUUACAAAAAGCCAGAAUGGCCAUGGGCGUUCAUAUCAACAUUGAAGACCCUGAUCAAUUGGAAGAAAUUAGAAAGAGAGAAUACGGAAUCAUUAUUGAACGAAUUCAAAAGAUCUUGCAAGCUGGUGCCAACGUCGUGUUGACCACCAAGGGUAUUGAUGAUUUAUGUUUGAAGGAGUUUGUUGAGAAUGAUUGUAUGGCUGUGAGAAGAUGUAAGAAGGAAGAUUUGAGAAGAAUUGCUAGAGCCACCGGUGCCACCUUAAUAUCUUCUUUGUCCAACUUGGAAGGUGAAGAAACUUUUGAAACUUCCUACUUGGGUUAUGCCGAAGAAGUUGUUCAAACUAGAAUCAGUGAUGAUGAAUGUAUUUUAAUCAACGGUACCAAGCAACAUUCCUCCAGUUCGAUAAUAUUGCGUGGUCCAAACGAUUACUCCUUGGACGAAAUGGAAAGAUCUAUCCAUGACUCUCUUUCUGUGGUUAAGCGCACUUUAGAAAGUGGAUAUGUUGUGCCAGGAGGUGGUGCAGUUGAAACUGCUUUGAAUAUAUAUUUGGAAAACCUUGCCACUACUGUGGGCUCACGAGAACAAUUGGCCAUUGCCGAAUUCGCCAAUGCCUUAUUAGUCAUCCCAAAAACCUUGGCCAUGAAUGCUGCUAAGGAUGCUUCUGAUUUGGUGUCCAAAUUAAGAACAUACCAUGCUGCUGCUCAGUUGGCCAAGGAUGACGAUGACAAGAGAAAGAAAUAUAAGAAUUAUGGAUUGGACUUGAUUGAAGGUAAGAUUGUUAAUGAAGUUACUCAUGGGGUAUUGGAACCUACCAUGUCCAAGAUCAAGUCUUUGAAGUCGGCCUUGGAAGCCUGUGUAUCUAUUUUAAGAAUUGAUACUAUAAUUGAAGUCAAUCCUGAACCUCCAAAGGAAGAUCCUCAUGACCAUUAAGGUAUAUAUAAUAGAAUAUUCGUCUAACUUAAAUCACCAUGUUGUAGUAAAGUGAAGUGGGCUGUGCGGAAGGUUACUGCACUGUGCUUCUUCUUAUUUAGCAUCGCCUUAUUUAGCAUCGCCUUGGAAUGUUCGCGUCGUGAAUACUACUUAUUUCCCAAAGGAGGUAAACUCCGGCUG